CUUAUAUGAAUUUUUAGUUUCAGAAAAACAAAACAAAAUUAAAUAUCUACCAGUGUCUACCAUUGUCUACCAGUGUCUAGUGUGUCUAGGAUGUCUAGUAUAUCUCCAAGAAAUCAAACAGAACAGGAGCGAUUACGGCCAGGACAGGAAAAAAAAGAGGAGGAUGGAGGUUAUGGAUGGGUUGUCGUAAUAGCCAGUUUCUUGAUUAAUAUGGUUGUGGAUGGUAUUUCAUACUCUUUUGGUAUUCUUCUCGAACCAAUGAAAAUGGAAUUACAAAGUAACACUGGUAGUAUAUCUUUAGUUGGGAGCACACUGGCAGGUAUGACAAUGCUGACCGGACCUGUAUCCGCAGCUUGCUGUAACAGAUUUGGAACCAGGAAAACUUGUAUAUUAGGAGGUUUGAUUUCCAGUGUAUCCCUUCUUGUAUCCAGCUAUUGUAAUACUACUAUAUCAAUCAUAUUAAGUUACGGAUUGUUGGGAGGGUUUGGCUUGGGUCUGAUGUAUGUACCUGCAGUAGUCUGCGUGAGUCAGUACUUUAAUAAACAACUGUCCUUAGCUACAGGGAUAUCUGUUUGUGGGUCGGGGGCUGGAACUUUCUUAUUUGCCCCUCUGGUCGCUAAACUAGUUGGAUUGUACGGGUGGCGAGGAUGCAACAGGUUAGAUUACAUUUUAAAUUUUUAAAGUUUUUGAUAUAGU